AUGAAGCGUAUUCUCCUGGUUUUGACUGUUAGCCUGCUCCUGGCCCAGGUUACCCAAGCCAGGCACUGCUGGAAAAAGUUGGGAAGGUGCAGAACAACGUGUAAAGACAGCGAAGUUUUCUACCUAUUAUGCAAUGAUGAGACUAAGUGUUGUGUCAACCCUAAGCAUGUACCUGUCAAAACUAGAUCCUUGAAGCCAACCGGAAGCCUGGAGUAACUUCUGCAGUCUGGCCCAUCUCGCCCGACUUUGAGCCCAACGUCAUCGGAGCCCACAGCUCUACUAAAUCAUUCUCGACUGUCCCAUUUGUGUCUGGUAGGUCCGCCUCAUUGAACUUACAAAUCAAGAACAAAGGGAGGUGUGCGUGC